CGCCCAUGACCACCAUCUACCAUACCAUCACCGCCACCCACCUCCAUUUUCAUGGCGGCAUCGCCCUCAUUUUCCGCUGUCUGGCUAACAACCCCACCGCCGCCGUCCACCACUCCAAUUGGAUAUCCCCAAAUCCAAAACCCUAGAAACAAAAUACAAUACAAUAAUCAAUCAAUAAUGCCAUUCUUCAAAACCCCCUUCAAUGGCUACUCUGUCAAGUUCAGCCUCUUCUACGAGCACCGCCUCGCCGUCGCCACCUCUCAAAACUUCGGCAUCCUCGGCAACGGCUGCCUCCACGUCCUCAACCUCUCCCCCUCUGGGCUCAUCUCCCAUUUGCCUCCUUUGACACCGCCGACGGCGUCUACGACCUCGCUUGGUCUAAGUCCCGCGACUCCCUCCUCGUCGCCGAUAGGGGUGACAAAUUUUGACACGGCUCGCUAAUACGACACGAGUUAAACGGAUUUGGGUUGACCUUAAACGGGUUUGGGUCGUAAAGGGUCGACACGAUUAACUCGUUUAGUUAAU